UUUCCACAAGACGUGUCUUCUCAGCAUUAGCAGGAUGCCAGAAAGUGACAUUGCAGCAAUAGAAUUUCAUGAAAACAAAGUAUUUUCGAGAGAAGAACAGAGAAAAGGACUUUUAUGAGGUAUAUCAAUAUUGUGGUGCAACAGCUUUAACAGACUGUUGCAUGAAAUCUACUCGGUUGACAUCACCAUGAAGACAAAUCAGUGUGUUUUCCCCAUGUUUCUCUGCAUUUCUCUGAUCUUGACACACUGGGACACAAGUUCAGCUUGUCAUACAGGCUCUCAUGAUGAAUGUGAGAAAGCCCCAUUUGUACCUGGUUACAACCUGGCGGGCGAAGGCUUUGAUGUUGUCAGGAUGCGCCGUAAAGGUGCCUUUUUGAUCAAUGUCAAGUCACACAUGGAUAAUGGCACUUGUACAGUCUGCAAGAACCGCUUUCAGGGAGGGCAGAUACAGAAACUUCCCUCAGUUGUGAGGGACUGGCGUUCCUUCAGCCGCUGCAGCAAUCAGAUUUCUAGUGCUCUUCAUCAUUCUGUCGACUCCCUAAUGAAGAGUUCAACAUCACUCAUCAAUAAAUGGGAAAUUGACCUUAGCCUGGAUGACAUAGGAAGGGUCAUUUUGGGAAGGAGCCAUUCAGAUAUUGCUCAGUUUGCCCAAUAUCAGAAUGCAAUGGAUAAGGCAACAUUUGCCCUCCAUGAGCACAGUUGCACAUAUUACAGUUACAGAGUUGCAGACCACCCAGAGCUCAGCACUGAAUUCUCAAAACAUCUCCAGCGACUUCCGACACAAUAUGACGUCAAAACAAAACCCAUGUACCGAAGAACUAUAGAUACUUACGGCACUCACUACACACGUCAAGUCCAUCUGGGAGGGCGAGUGAGGCGAGUCACGGCUUUUCGAACUUGUCUUGCAACCCUGAAGAGCUUCUCAGAGACUGAUAUCAAGAACUGCCUGAACAUAGAGUUAAAGGUUACUUUGGGGUUCCUUCCAGCUAAUGCCAUGCUUUCCAACAAAUGCUCUCAAAUCCUUAAAGAUAACAUAGGCAUGGGAUUCUACCAGGGCUUCAUGGCACACAAGAUGGAGGUGCUGGGAGGUGAGAAAUACUUUCCAGACCUAGUUUUAAACCAAAGCCCAGCUGAAGCAUACUCAAACUGGGUGAAGAGCUUGCAUGACAUUCCGGAAGUCAUAUCAUAUGCAAUUUUCCCUCUUUAUCAUCUGGUGGCUGAUCCCGAGGUUAGUGCCAAUCUGAAGAGUGCAAUAACAGAGUAUAUAGAAGAAAACAGGCUCUCUGUAGAUCAAAAGGAGAAUCAAGAAUGCUCACAAACACCAAAUCUAGACCACAACUGCUGUCCUAUGCUAGCCGGCCGUGGCAAGUUAGUAGUGUUUGUUCUAGGUGCCACAGGAAUGAAUGAAGAUUACUUCUCAGCCACUGAUGGUUUUGUGAAAAUCUGGUACAAUGGUAUAUAUAGGGAGACUGAGGUGGUUAUAAACGAUAAUGAUCCAGAAUGGUACACCCUUUUUAAUUUAGGAUCAAUUGAGUUUGGUCAUGAACUCAUAUUUGAGGUUUGGGACAGUGAUGUAAAAUUUGAUGAUUUUGUGGGGAGAUGUGUGGUCAGACCUGAACAUGGAUCUCAUUCACGCAGGUGUCCAUUAAAGAGAGGCAUCUUUUAUUUCGCCUACCACGCUUCUUGUGAUGCUCACUUGACAGGCCCCAGGUGUAGCAGAUAUUCACCACAAACUUAAGACCUACAUAGUAAGGAAUGUUUCUGAAUAUUACUUUUACAUACCGGUAAUUAAAUUUAGUGCAUUUACGGAAAAUAGUGUUACAUUUGCAAACUCACAUUUUUUUUUUUAAUUAGGGGUCCAAGCAGCAAACGUUGCUCUUGUAUUCACAAAAAUAAAAAAAGACAGACCAUGCUGCCAAACAGUUAUGGAAUUCAAGUAAAUUAUUCUUGAUUAGUCUCUCCACAAUGCUUUAGUGUAUUGAGACAGAACCUGGUAACUGUCACCAUAAGUAUGACCUGAUAGUACAUGCAUCACUAAGGCCACCUAGUUGUCAGGAAAUAUGAAAAAAAAUUUUUUUACCAUAACAUUUAUCUACGUACAUUUAUAUGCCUACAGUAUUAUUACAAGCCAUUUUAUUAUGUCAUGUAUCACAAUGCAGCUGUACAAACUAAUAAAAAUAAU